AUGCAUGAGAAAAUAAAUACUUCUACAAAAGUAUUAUGUUCAAGUAACUGCAAAUGUCAAUACUGUCCUGUAGAAAAAAGUGAAGCCUGUAGAAUUUACGAAACACUGGCGAAACUACCAACUGAUCGAGUGCAAAUCUCAUUCGGAAAAAUCGCAAAGUUUAAUCAGUUGUUAAAUAAAGCAAUAGUCAAUGACUUAAGUUCAGAAUCAAAACCAGAAAAUUCAAAAAUUUCGAAUGAAUGCAAAGAUGACUGUUGUACUUCAUUCUACAUAGUUGCCAGAAAUAGUGAUCUGCAAGGAAAAUUUUUAAAUACUCACUUGUCAACCCUUUGCGAUGAAGCCGAUUUUAUCAGAGUUAGUGAGUGCAAGUAUUCUCCCGAGGUUAAACUUUCAGAAACAGUCAAAUCAAAUAUGUCAGAGAAUUCUUUAAAUGCGACUGAUAAAUGCGGUGGUACAAACUACUCUACAGAUUUCAGAAAUCCAAUCUCAUGUACAGAUCUGCAUCAUUUAAAUCCAUCUGAUACCUAUAAUGGUAUACCUGCAGAGUUUAACAAUAAACAACACUAUUUAUCCUCUGUAAAUACUUACUCAUCUCCUUCACCAUUACUGAACUAUAAAAUUCGUAAAUGCCUGUGUCAAAAUUGUCAACAAUCAAAUAGAAAUAAUAAUAAUAAUAUCUAUCCAAAUAAAUAUGUAAAUACUAGUGUAAAUGAAUCCUAUUCUAAUCAACAUUUAUCAGAGCCAAAAGCCAAUGAUAGUCGUUUAAGUCAUUUUUUGAUUAAAAUGAAAAGAUUAUUACGCAAAAUGUCAACAAUUGAUGUCUCUGGAGUGAAAAAACAAACUGAACAUCAUUGCGCUGCUAACAAAAAUUCUAUGUCAGUUGUUGUUCAAAAGAAAGAACAACAAGAAGACGAAGUAGAAGUAGAAGACAAAGACGGAAUUAAUGGAAGAAAAUUUAUUUGCAAAUCACAAAUGUUAUGCAGUGAAUUCUCAUUUCCUUGUCAGCCUGGAAAAUGCUGUACUAUCAAAUCAUCUAGUAAUUGUUAUCAAUUUGAAAAACCUUAUACUGUAUAUCUUAUUACUCAUGCCUCCUCGCCUGGAGUAUUGAUAAAGUCAUCAUCAAAAAUGAAGGAAUAA